AUGAGUUCCAAUAAAUAUGAAUUACCUAAAAAGUUCCAUGGAACUGAGAAAAAUGUCUGGGUAGAGUUUAGUAAGUUAGCUGUUGAUCAUCAGGCAUUAAACCUAGGUCAGGGAUUUCCAGAUUUUCAACCACCACAGUUUGUGUUAGAUGCUCUGAAAAAUACUGUUACCAAUGGCAACUAUCAAAUGAACCAAUAUACUAGAAGUUAUGGCCAUCCAAGAUUAGUUCAGGCCUUGUCUAAAGUAUAUUCACCUCUAAUGAAUAGAACUAUUGAUCCUAUGUCUGAAAUAUUAAUCUCUGUCGGUGCUUACGGUUCUCUGUUUUCAUCUUUAAAUGGCAUCAUUUCUCCAGGUGAUGAGGUUAUUAUUAUAGAACCAUUUUUUGAUUGUUAUGAUCCGAUGGUAAAAGUAGCCGGUGGUCAGUCUGUCUUUGUUCCUAUUAGGCCUACUAAAGCGGGAGUUGAAGGACCUACAUCUAGUGUUGAUUGGAAGAUAGAUGAAUCUGAAUUAGAGAGUAAAUUUAAUCAAAAAACUAAAGCUAUUAUAAUAAAUACUCCAAAUAACCCUUUAGGAAAGGUAUUUUCUAGAGAGGAAUUAGAAAUGAUAUCUAGAUUAUGUAUAAAAUAUGAUGUGAUAUGUAUAUCAGAUGAGGUCUAUGAAUGGUUAGUGUUUGGAGAAAGUAAACAUAUAAAAAUAGCCACCCUGCCAGGAAUGUGGGAAAGAACAUUAACUAUUGGUAGUGCUGGUAAAACAUUCAGUGCUACAGGUUGGAAACUAGGAUGGACUAUAGGUCCAGCUAAUCUGUUACUUGGUGCUCAAUGUAUGCAUCAAAACUGUAACUACAACUGUCCUACCAUCUUACAGGAAGCUGUAGCUCUAGCUUUUGAACAUGAAUUGCCCAAAAUAGAUACCCCAGAAUGCUACUUUAAACAACUACCCCUAGAGAUAAUACCUAAACGAGAUAUGUUAAUUAGUUUGUUUAACGAGAUGGGAAUGUGGCCAGUUAUUCCUGAUGGUGGUUAUUUCUUAAUGGCAGACAUAUCUGGUAUAGAUGUUGAUUUAUCAGGAGAGAACCCAGAAGAAGCAAGAGAUGUCAAAUUUGUUAAAUGGAUGACUAAAAAUAAGAAAUUGACGGCCAUUCCACCAUCUGUAUUUUAUUCUAAAGAACAUCAGUCUGUUGGUGAAAAUUAUGUGAGAUUUUGUUUUAUUAAGGAAGAUACAACACUAAAUAAGGCAGUGGAUAUUUUACGCAAGUGGAAACAAACAAUGUGAUAAUAGAUUUUUGUUUUGUUUUGAAUCUUAUACCAGCUAAUAGUUAACUAUAUUCAUGCACAUUCAAUCUAAUUAAAUCAGGUUACAAUUUCAUUUUUUUCCCUGUUUUUAGUCUCCAUUCUAAUUUGACAAAUUUUCUAUUGUGACACCUUUCUAAUUUCUUUCUUGACGUCCUUGACGAUAAAUUUUGGGAUAGCGAAAGCCAAAGUAGAGCAAUAUUUGUCAUAUUAACCAAAGAAGGGCCAACCUGAACACUUUGAUUGGUUAAGAACAACAUCAUUGGAACGUAACUGUGGUAGAAAAAGUGUUAGAAUAAAUAUAUGGGAAAGAAAAAGAAAUAAAAUUGUGGUUGUAUUUUAGUUAGAUUGGUGCACUUCAGGAAAUCAACACUUUUAACUCUCCAGUUUUAUUUUUAUAGAAGAUUUACAAGUUAAAGUAAAAUGUUAUUUAAUAGAUACUCAUAUUAAAACAUGAAGAAUAUUUAUGCAGAUCCAGGUCCAAUUUAAAUCAUUAAGUGGACAGGACUUUAUUUUUCUGUCUCUACACCAGCUGUUUCGGUCUAACAUGCAUAUUUUUAGGUAGAGUUAGUUGUCUGGCUUGUAUAGGUAGAUAUCAUGAUAUAGCAUUCAAUUUUUGUCCAGAUAAGAUCAUCUACACGAUUCUAACAAGUAACUUAGUAUUUUUUCAUGAUUUUAAAGACAGGGCUGUUUUAAGAGAAAAAACGGAAAAACAACGUUUGGUAUAAAAAGCAGGCACAACCAUACUAAAGAAAUAUUGUGAUAUAUUAUUUCUUAAUAUCAUGAUAUCAACUUAAACUAAUAUCAUCAAACCCUAGGUGGACUGCUCAUGUUUAUGAUUGGAAUCUGACUCUGAUAUGUAUGAAUAUCUUUGCUC